AUGUGUAUACACCCAAAUGUUUAUGGACAAGGUGAGGGUGGAGAUUACAACGGAGAAUGCGGUGUUGCGGGGAUCACCAGAAAUAACGGGAGAGUGGUAAACGGCAGUGACGCAGCAGCAGGCCAGUGGCCAUGGCAAGCAUUGAUACACGUGAAAACAAAACAUCAGCCACUUUACUGCGGAGGAAUUCUCAUAAGGCCAACCUGGAUACUGACUGCGGCUCAUUGUUUGCAGACCGAGGAUACAAUUGAGAGUAUAAUCAUAAUCCUUGGAGCUAACAAUCAAACUAAUUCGGACGAAAUAGGCAGACAGUAUCUUAACGUUGAAGAACAUUUUUUGCAUCAAGAUUACGGCGAUGUAAUUGGAAGCUUCAUUGCUGAUAUAGCUCUGUUACAACUAACAACUGAAGUGACUUAUGAUUAUUACGUCCGCCCAGCAUGUUUACCUACAUUUGGUUCUGAAGCUACAGUAGGGCAGACCUGUUUCGUAUCCGGAUUUGGGGACACCCAAGAUACUGGGAAUCAAAAUAUUCUUCAAUAUGCCGGAGUUGAUAUUAUAUCACGAGAAACAUGCAAUGAAUGGUACAGCACAUUGAACCUCUCCAUUCCCAGCGACCACUUCUGUGCUGGGUUUGAAGAAGGUGGUAUUGACACUUGCCAAGGAGAUAGUGGCGGGCCUUUAGUUUGCAUGGAAUCUUCAGUUUAUGUUGCACGAGGGAUAACAAGUUUCGGGGAAGGAUGUGCAGUGGCACAACGACCAGGGGCUUACACUGACGUAGUAACGUAUAUGAAUUGGAUUAUUGAGAAAAUUGACGAAAAAGAAAAAACAACUGGAGCAUACACUGAAUAUGCUAGUACUCGUAUUGCUACUUCCGAAUCAACUACGUCUCAUGCUGUAAAAUUGAAAUCAAAUGCCGUAUUUAUAUGCAUAUUGUUUUUUACUUUUAUAGCAAGUCUAGUUUCAACUUAA